CGACGCAUAAUUUGAAUGUCGAAUGUUGUUUAGUACGACUUUGUCUAUAAUCAACAAAAGUAACUUUGAAACCAUUUCAGAUAGAAUGCAACGACACCAUUAACACCGAGACUUUCGAACGCUCCAUCUACAUAGGACUCCUGUUCUCCACUAUGUACAUUCUCGUGGGGUUCUUUGUAGACCUGAUGGGAAAGAAGUUGAUCUUGGUGGUAGUCCUCUUUGCGACCGGUUGCAGCGGUAUCAUCGCCCACCUCGUUACCAACUCCCAGAUCGGUGUGAUCAUGUUCGCAAUCUUCCAGAUGUCGGGCGCUUGCAUCGGUCUUAUGAAUUCUGUCGCUGUUGAUCUUUUCCCUACUAAAUACAGAGCAAUGGCUGUGUGCCUAUCCAUGAUGAUGGGUCGCGUCGGUUCUAUGGCAGGCUCCAAUCUGAUCGGUGUGUUCCUGCAGACCAACUGCGGCCUUAGCUUCUACCUAUUCGGCGGAAUCAUUAUAGGUAAGAAAAGACAGUGGGAGGACUGAUGAUCUGCGAAGCGAAAUAUCUUGUGACGGAAUUUAAUGAGACUGUCAAUUUUUUUUGUUUUUUAUUAUAACAUAAUCACGCUUUAGGAAUUAAUAUAUUGUUUUUUUACAGUGAAUUCUCUUUUCUGCCUAACUCUACCGGGCAAGAAAACCAAUAAACCAACUAAGGAGAUUCCAACAGAACCAACUCAGAACGAGACCCACGAACCUGUAUGAAGGGCUCACAUAUCACCGCCGAUGUCGCUACAAUAUCACAAACUAAAUCGUGUUCGGGAAAGAAAAGUACAAGAAAAACAUUGAGGAAACGAAACAAACAUUUCAAAUCCAAAUCUUGAAGGAGUUUGGUUAAUUUGUUUUAAGAAAAAUAGGCACUAAUUCAGUUAAUUCAUACAAAAAAUAUUUUGGUAGUGUGUAGUUACCUUAAUUGUAAUUGAUAUUGUGAUGUCACAUUAAAGCUUUAAAUAACAAACUCAAAUAAACAACUAAAAAGUAGUCGGCCAUAAAUUUUUU